AUGGAUACACGGAGAUACAACCUGAGCGUUGUUAUACUUGAGUGGGAUAGCUCAGUGCCUGUCGUGGUGCUUCCCUCAGUAGCCACAGGACUAUCCGAGUUCAACUUAAAUGGUCUCAAGGCCUUCACUUCUACAAACCAAACCACCAGUGACACAUUCAUCACCUCCGUAGAUAAUUGUGACAAGUGGAAUAAUGACAAACCCAAAGGAGAUUUUGAAGAUGUACAUACUUGUGGCAUACGCAAGAAUUCUCUCAUUGUUACCUUUUAUUUCGAUAGGAAAUUUGGCUUUUACUUCUGGGAUUACUAUGGACCAAGUGUUUUGCUGGUCAUAACGUCUUGGGGAACCUUCUGGGUCCAUCCUGAAGUUGUGCCAUGCCGUAUUUGGUUAGCAACAUGCACAAUGCUUGGACUUUUUGGACUUGGUGCUAUGAAUGAUGCAAUGCCAAAACUUUCUCACUUGAAGAUGAAUGACAUCUGGUUUAUUGGAUGCAAUCUAUUCAUAUUUUUAUCACUGGCAGAAUUUGCAUUCGUUAAUAUAGUGCAUAGACAGGAGACAUCCCACGUUCCACUCAAGAGAGCGUCCAGCAAAUACAUACUCAAGUCGUCGCUGAGGUCGGAGAGAGUGGCCUGGAAGCGCAAAGCCUUGUCUUGUCCAUCUUCACCCGAGCUGAGGCAGCGAUCUAGAGCGGCAAUGAGAGAUCGCAGAAUGCAACAGAAAAAUGUUGCCUUCGACCUUGCUGUUGGCGACUACACGAGUGAUAAGAAAGUAAAGCGUAGGCUAAUGCAGAGACGUCAGGCCUUUGCUGGUAUUCACAUGACAAAUCAUGAAAUGGCACACUGGAUUGAUAGGCGAAGUCGAAUCAUCUUCCCAGCAGCUUUUCUGGUUUUCAAUUUGCUAUUUUGGUUUAUCAUGUUCGUUUAA